AAUAAUAAUCACAAAAGCGACUGAACUCAAUUCGACAAUCGGGGCCAUGAAAUCUGGAGAUAAUGACGAUCAUCAUCAUCAUCCUGGAGACUGCUGGCGAAGUGGAGAAAGCAGUAUUAAGCGUUAAGCUUUCUAUUAAGGAUGAGGUUAGGGUUUGCAACUCCCAUUUCUGUCCAUCCGCCUUCUUCACUUCCCCUUACCUCUUCUCUUCCCUUGUCACUUCCUUUCAACGACCAUAGCUCCUUCCUCUCUUCCUCCAGUCUCAGUUUCACCCCCUCAGGAAGAAGUAGUUUAGCGUUGCGUGUGGAAAAUAUUGGUUUUAAGAUUGAGCGGCAGCUAAUUGACUUAAUGGAAUCAGGACAAGAAAUUCCAGAAGUUAACAGGAACCUUUAUCCAUCUAUAGAGCCGUAUAGCACAGGGUUUUUGAAGGUCUCAGAAAUUCAUACAAUCUACUGGGAGCAAUCUGGAAAUCCUAAUGGCUAUCCAGUUGUCUUUCUUCAUGGGGGUCCUGGAGGAGGGACAACACCAAGUAAUCGGAGAUUCUUUGAUCCUGAUCACUAUAGAAUUAUUUUAUUUGACCAGAGAGGUGCAGGAAGGAGUACACCUCAUGCUUGCUUGGAACAAAAUACAACAUGGGAUCUCAUCAAUGACAUAGAAAAGUUAAGAGAACACCUGGAAGUUCCAGAAUGGCAGGUGUUUGGUGGGUCAUGGGGAAGUACCCUUGCUCUUGCAUACAGCCAGUCACACCCUGAGAAGGUUACGGGCAUGGUCCUUAGAGGGAUCUUUCUUUUGCGAAAGAAAGAGAUUGCUUGGUUUUAUGAAGGUGGAGCUGCUGCUAUAUUCCCUGAUGCUUGGGAGCCAUUUAGAGACCUUAUUCCGGAAAAUGAGAGAGGUUGCUUAGUUGAUGCCUACCACAAGAGGUUGAAUUCUGAUAAUGCAGAAACACAAUAUGCAGCUGCUAGAGCAUGGACAAAGUGGGAAAUGAUGACUGCGCAUCUUUUUCCAAAUGAGGAUAAUAUCAAGAGAGGAGAUGAUGACAACUUUUCGUUGGCAUUUGCGAGGAUUGAGAAUCAUUAUUUUGUGAACAAAGGAUUCUUUCCUUCAGAUUCAUACCUGCUAGACAAUGUUGAUAAGAUAAGGCAUAUUAACACUACAAUUGUUCAGGGAAGAUAUGAUGUUUGCUGUCCUAUGAUGUCUGCUUGGGAUCUUCAUAAAGCAUGGCCAGAAGCAGAUUUUAAGGUUGUUGCAGAUGCAGGACAUUCUGCAAACGAACCAGGAAUAGCGGCAGAACUUGUGGCUGCAAAUGAAAAGCUGAGAAACUUUGUCAAGAAUAAUGGACCCUGAAGAGAAUUCAGCAUGCUGUCCCAAGUCAGGAAUGUGAAGUAUAAUUUAUGAAAAGCUGAGGACCUUGUCACCUAUAUGCGCCAUUGCUAUCUAAAACAAACGUAGGUAGUCAUAGUUUAAGUUAUACAGUUUGAGAGUAAAGAGACCCUCAUUGGUUUGUGAAUGUUGCCUGCCCUUUUCAACUUCUCUUUUUUUAUUUCUUCAACUCAUGAGAGAGCACCAUAAGAACCGCUGAAUAAUGACUGGGCAAUUAGCUGUUGCCCUGACUGGGUGCUGGAAAAUUUACAAUGGGGUUUUUGAAGUAAAUUUACAGUAGGGCAUUAAGCCUCAAACCAAAUAAGUUAUUGAAUGUGGUAAUGCCUUUAGCAUGUUUGAACUGAUUGUGGUAUGCCAGUAGGGAGUCAAAGGUGGCGAUAAAAAUGCAAUGAACUGCAUAAGAUGCUUUAAGAUGCUUCUAUCUUAUUUACCUUUGGUGAGGUCGCCCCUUUGAGAAGGCCCAAACUUGUCCAUGUUUAAACUGAAACUGUAAACUGCACCGGUUUAUAUCAAGUUCGGGGAUUUUUAUUAUA